AUGAACUCCGUUUUUGCCGUCGCCUUCGGCACACGCUGCGGGGAGACGAGCGACACCACGGAAAUAGCCAUUUCUGCCCCAAAUUUCCCCUUGCAGGGAGUAAAUGAGCUUGCAGAUACCAGCGCCCUGCCAAGCCUGAGGGAACUUCUGCAGUCUGAUCCCAACACGGAGAAAAGGACCUGGGAUUUGUUUGGUUGGAUUUUAUCAUCCAAGGUCUUAACGAUACAAAGUACUAAAAAGCAGGAGUAUGAGAAGAUCCAAGAGCUCACAGGGAUGUCUGGGGUUGCAGUUCCUGCCCCAGACUACCUCUUUGAGGUUGUGUAUAGUGACCAAAUGAACACCAAGUUUGCUGAGACCCAGGGGGAGCGGGACCUCAUCUACGCCUUCCACGGGAGCCGCCUGGAGAACUUCCAUUCCAUACUGCACAACGGCCUGCACUGCCACCUGAACAGGACAUCCCUGUUUGGUGAAGGUACCUAUCUUACCAGUGACCUGAGCCUGGCUCUUCUCUACAGCCCUCAUGGCCUUGGUUGGCAACGAAGUGUCUUGGGCUCUAUCCUGAGCUGUGUAGCUGUUUGUGAGAUCAUUGACCACCCUGAUGUGAAGUGCCAGGUGAAAAAGAAAGAUUCCGAAGAAAUAGACAGGAAAAGAGCAAGAGUGAAGAACAGUGAAGGGGGUGAUGUGCCACAGAAAUACUUCGUGGUCACAAACAAUCAGCUUGUACGAGUUAAAUACUUGCUAGUAUAUUCACAGAAACAGCAUAGGAGGCCUUCCAAUCAGUCUUCCUGGUUUUACACCCACCGUUUUGCCAUAAUGAUGCUGCUGUACCUGCUGCUGCUGGUGGUGAUAGGGGCCAGCAACUCACCAACCUUCACCUACUACUGGCACAGAAUGUUUGACUCAGAGAGAUGAAUUCCCCAAGAUGAAAAACUGUCUUUUCACCACGUGCCUUAAGAAUAGCCAAUCUGCACUGCACCUGUUCCAGAGCUCUGGAAAUAAAGGUGCCUGGAGCUUUCCAGUU